CCCUGUUACACUUCUUGUGUCCUCCUGCCUUAAGCGUCACGCCAUGUUUGUUUCCGUGCCAUAUCCUGCCCGUUGGAGCCACUGGAACGGGCCAGUGCUGAAAGAAAAGGAGUGUUCGAGAUCACUGGGAGAUGCCACGAAGCUGCGGGCAACCCGAGGAAAAUGGCCUGGCUCCUUGGUGCUUGCCGUACCUUUGGGCGGCCUUGCGCUCGCAAGGAUCCAUCACCGGAGGACCCAUCGUGGGAUUCAGAUCGCCCUCAAGCGUGGAGAGCUGAGGCGAACCUCUUUGGCGGCUGCUCUACCCGCAGUGCCAGAUCAGCCCCUAGAGGUGGUCUCAGCCUUAGCGCUGGCCAUUAUUUGUCAUGAGGGGGGGCACUUCCUGUGCCUCCGGAGCCUGGGUCUCCCUGCGGAGGAGUUCGCCAUUGGCUUUGGCCCAGAGGUGGUCAGCCUGGGCCGCGAUGCGGGAGGGACGGAGUUUGUGCUGCGAGCGCUGCCGAUUGGCGGCUAUGUUCGCUUUCAGGAUGCCAAGACCGUGAAACUCCCAGAUGGACAAAUGGCCACAGAGUUCGAGGCCCGAAGCGCUGUGGAGCGCUUAUGGGUUCUUGCUGGCGGCGUGUUAGCCAAUGUCACGGUCGCUUGGUCUUCGAUUUUCUGGGGGGUGCUGAACUUCGGGGUUCCCACCCGCGAUCCGCUGCCGGGCAUCCGCAUCGAGGCGGUCGAUGAAGCUGCCUUCGUCCGGACGGGCUUGAAGGCGAAGGAUGUUCUACUCAAGAUCGGCAGUCUGGACCUGAACUUCAAGGGCGCCGAUGUGCGCUCCACCGUGGACUACAUCAGCAAAUUGCCCGAGGGCAGGGCGGUGCAGGUUCUGGUGGAUCGCGCGGGCGCAAUGCUUCAGCUCAGUGUGAAGACCACGACGGAUCCCAACGGGCUACAGCGCCUUGGUGUGAUGAUCGACGCGAACUCGGCGAAGGUCGUCGCAAAGAGCGCUGAUUUGCAGGAAGCCGCCGUGGUGGCGACCGAUGUCUUCACCAGACUACUGGACGAGCAGUUUAGAGCUUUACAAGGGAUCUUGACUGGCGUGGGCUCCGCUGAAAUUCUAGGUCCUGUGGGCAUCGUUCAGCAAGGCGAAGAGCUGGUGGCCUCGGAAGGCCUCAUCGGCGUCUUUAUCUUUUUCGUGACGAUCAACCUCAAUUUGGCGUUCAUCAACGCGUUGCCAUUGCCCGCCUUGGAUGGCGGCAAGGCCUUCUUCGUCCUGGUCGAGCAGGUGCUCGGGAGGCGCGUGGACGAACGAAAGAAGCAGGACAUCGAGCAGCCUGGAGGGGCACCGAGUUUGGGCCAGUCGGUUGGAUCUGGAGAUGAUGUUCUCCCAUUUGGCACCAGUCUGUUGCAGACAAAGAGCUGGUUUGAGGACCUCUUAGUGUUUCUAGAGCUCAGAGGUCGAUGUGGGUUAUGGCGCGAAGCACUGGUUGAGGGCCCUGAGUGUGCUGUGCUGAAUACCUUGUUCCAGAAGCUAUAAAAUUAGAUACACACCAUAUUGUCCCUCCGAGCCCAAGCGAUGUUUCUUCUGUGAUACUAGUUCCACGUGUGGAAGAUCCUACAUGCGGUGCGGCUGCAGGUGGCUAAUUGCGGAUCGAAGAAACAUUGAACCGGUCCAAUCGCUCUACCCACGCGCUAGCCACUACCUACCCGCUACCCUUGUCUUUUGGGUUCAGUGCGGUCAGAGGUUGGCAGAUUUCUUGGUUCAAUGUUCCAAGCCCUCUGCCUAGGCUGGCCUUCGUGCUGCUGGUCUUACUGGGUUUGGCCUCCUUGACCGUGAAAGAUGUAAGUCGGCUCUUCGGGCAGUAGCACAAGGUGAUGACGUUCCCGAUGACACCUGGCAGUACUGUAGUGGCUGAGUGAGCCGAAACAUGCGAUCCCUGAUCUCCCAGUGUCUCAAGCCGCCUUUUCUCCAGAUGCAAUCGAUGCGCCAGUUCAAGAUUGAUCCAACAUGAAAGGCUGACCUAGCACACGCGUGGUAAAAUGUGGGGUGGGGGUGAC